AACCCCUAAAAACAUCCUAUAUAUACUACCCAAAUCGAGCUAUAGUCUCACAAUUCACCAAGCACUCACUAAACAAGCCUACUCCAUUGGCCCUAGAUUCCUAGACACCUCUCUCCUAGCAAAGAACAGACGAUCAAUGGCUACUCCACGCACAUUCCGAUCUGCCGUAGUCGCCGUGAUGUCAAUCCUAUGGCUUCUUGUGAUCCCCAUCUCUUGCUACGGGAAUCCGGAGCCCACGAUCGAGCACUCGCAGCAGAACGACACAAGCAGGCGGUACCUCUCGGCGUCGGACCGAGGCUACGGCUGGUCCUCGGGCGGCGCAACGUGGUACGGCAGCCCUUACGGCGCCGGCAGCGACGGUGGCGCGUGCGGUUACCAAGGCGCCGUCGGCCAGCGCCCGUUCUCGUCGAUGAUCGCCGCCGGCGGCCCUUCCCUUUUCAAGACCGGCAAAGGCUGCGGCGCAUGCUAUCAAAUUAAGUGCAUCGGCAACAGAGCCUGCUCCGGCCGGCCAGUGACCGUCACCAUCACCGACUCCUGCCCCGGCGGUGCCUGCCUCGCCAAUGCGGCACACUUCGACAUGAGCGGCACGGCCUUCGGCGCGUUGGCAAACCGCGGAAUGGCCGACCGGCUCCGCGCCGCCGGAAUCCUCAAGAUCCAAUACAAGAGGGUGUCAUGUAAAUACAACGGCAUGAGCGUCUCCUUCAAGGUGGACGCGGGCUCCAACCCGUACUACCUCGCCGUGCUGGUCGCGUACGUGGGCGGCGGGGGCGACCUCUCCGCGGUCGACAUCAUGCAGGGCGGCUCCAAGUCGUGGACGCCGAUGCAGCAGUCGUGGGGCGCCGUGUGGUGCGUCAACUCGAACACCGGCCAGCCGCUGCGCGCGCCGUUCACGAUCCGCCUCACCUCGGGCUCCGGCAAGGUGCUCGUCGCCAGGAACGCCAUCCCGGCCGGGUGGAGCGCGGGCACGACGUACCGGUCCAAGGUGAACUACGGCUACUGAGACGUGGUAGUGAGACUGUUUAGCUGUAGUGCUCCGAUCUGCCAUCUCUUGAGUCUUGAGUUCGUUACGUGCGUCCGGGAAACGCGAGAGGCCGCGUCGGAAGAGGAGGUUAGGUAUUCGUACGUGUUCUUCCCUCCAUGCUGGCCACUUGCACUUGUGUUUCCCUAGUGAUGUCUCGGUGUCUCUCCAUCGCAGAAACUGCAGAGCGGGAGUCACAGCACCGUUAAACGUGUGCUGAUGUACCCAG